AUGAUUCAACCCGGACCAAGCUCCCUUGGCUCUUUUGCUGCUUUCAAGGCGCACGAGUUUGUGGCACACGCCGGCAAGACCAACUGCGUCGCCGUUGGGCCGCGAUCGGGACAAGUCCUGGCUACCGGAGGAGAUGAUAAGAGAGUAAAUGUGUGGCGAAUUGGACGUGCCAGCAGCAUUUGGAGCCUCACGGGAAACAGCUCGGCCAUCGAGAGCCUGCGGUUUGAUCCCACAGAAGAGUUCCUGGUGAGCGGGAGUGCGGGGGGUGCCGUAAAGUUGUUCGACCUCAGCGCCGGCAAGAUGACCAGGCACUUCCGAGGGCACAUGUCCAACGUAACCGUCAUCGACUGCGGUAGCUUCGACCGCCGUUUCGUCACUACUGGUUCGAUGGACUGCCAGGUUAAACUGUGGAACGUGGAGACGAAGGAAUGCGCCAUGGCGUUCAAGGGGCACAACGCAGAGGUCACAGACGUCCAGUUUAGCCCCGACGGCCAUAUUCUGGCCUCGGCGGCCGCGGACGGACAGGUCAAGCUGUGGGAUCUGAGGGCCGGAAAGCCCAUGCACACGUUCCAGGCGUGCUCGGGAGCUGUGCGCGCGAUUCGAUUCAACCCUCAGGAGUUCUUGCUUGCGGUGGCCACGAGCGAUCGGACGGUGAAGCUCUACGACAUCGAGUUCAUGGAGCUGUUCUGUCCCACGGCGCCGGAUACAUGCCCGACCAGGGCGAUCACCUUCGACCCAGACGGGCAAAAGAUGUACUGCGCCAGCCCUUCCGGCCUGCGGAGGUGGAGCUGGGACAACGACACCGCGUCCGCGCGGCUGGAGGCCAUGGGUGACGUGCCGUGGGGCAAGGUCGGGGCCGGAGCGCUUCACUACAACGCCGACGGCCAACAGCAGUCGAGACCCUCGAGGGGUAACACGUUUCCUGCAAGCAGAGACGGGCAGCGCUCCCACAGCCGGGAUUCCAAGCCGACGAUGGAAAAGGAAGCAAGCGGCGGCGACGACGGCUCGAGCGGCGGCGGCUGCGCCGGCAACGCCGGCAACGCCGGCAUGCCGGCCUUCCAGGUUCUCGGCCGACAGGUGGUCCUUCUCCCAACCGCCGCCGAGGAAAAAGUGAGGUCUUCUUCCCCGCUGGGGGGCCCAGCCGCCACGCCAGCAGCAAAUCCUUCGGGGGUGACGGUAGGAGGGCCCUCUUCGGCCGUCGGCGGCAGGCUCCAGAACCGACACGCGGCCCGCGCGGAGGCCGUGGCGGCGACGGUCGCCGCCGUUGCCUCCGCCAAGGCCGCCACCGACGACGCGGUCGCCUCCGUGGCCGGCUCGAUCCGUCACCGUAGCGUCGGCACCUCCAUCUCGGACACGCUCGUCAUCGCCGACGGCGGCACGGCCGACCAAGCAGACGACAGAGCUGGGGGCAGGGAGCAUCGGCCGGCGGCCUGGUCCGAGCCAGCUCCCGGAAAAGAUGACGGAGGGAACUACGGCCGUGACAGCGGCCGGGGCGUUGCCGCGGCCCUGGGCGUGGUUGCCGCCGGCGAUCGUCACCGCCUGGGCGGUGAACGGCGGGCGGCGGGGGGAGCCGGCGGCGACGACGACGAGUGUAAGUGGCACAAGCGCGUCGCGGGCGCGUUCGCCGGAGUGGAAGGCACAGCGGACGAUGAGAAGGGGGUGGAGCGAAGGGGCGAUAGCGGCGGCGACGGUAGCGGCGGCAAGAACCGAGGAAAGCGUACCGCGGAUGAAAAAGAGGCGCGACGCGAGGAAGACGGGACGGAUAGAGCAGCAAAUGCUGGCGUGUCUUCGGGUGUCACGCCCCGGUUUACGGUGAACCCUUGGCCCAAAGAUUCGCGGGUAGAAGCAGGAGGUAGAAUCAGGACUGAGGUACCGGGAGGAGGACAAGAUUCGCCUCCGCUCUUGGGCUCUCCCGAACCGGCUCCGGCUGCCGCCUCGAACCCAGCUCGAAGCAAGAACGAACCUCCAUCUUUCCCGUCUUCGUCUCGGCGGUCUCCGGACCGCCCUCAACCGAGAGAGAAAACACACGCCGUCGUCACGCGCUCGUCUGCGGUGGGAUUUCCUAUCACGACGGCCGACGGCAGCAGUAGCGGUGGCGAGAGCAAUAGCCCGCCUGCCCCCUCCGGAGGUUUGCCGCCGGAAGCGCGUAGAGCGGGGGGUGUCAGCGCGGUUGCUGCUGCUGCUGCUGCUGCUGCUGCUGCGUCUGGGUCUGAACCCGAGGGUCUGAGUGUUGCCGAUAUCUUCGGAGGCGGUGGCGGCGGUGAUUGUGGUGGUGGUGGUGGUGGUGGUGACGAACUGGGCAUGACGCGUCCUAGAACGGCCACGAGGCGUUGGGAUAGACCGGGGCCACCAGGCGACGACGAGGUCAUCGCCAAGACGCUGCUUUCGCGGGCAACCGCGACCUCUACGCUGUCGAAUCGCUUGACUCACCUCCGGAUGCUCCGGUAUGGUUGGGCGGACGGCGACGUGUCUGGCACCAUCUCGAAGCUGACACGGCUUGAGAGGUCCGCCACUGUUGCCGACGAUUCUCCGAGGACUGUGGUGGCGGACUUUCUGUGGGUGGUGCCUCUCGACGGGACUCGGGUGACCCUCGACCACUGCUUGGAGCUGAUGCCGCUCCUGGAGGGGUUGUGGAAGCUCGAUGCGGGCAGUUGUGUCGCCGCGGCGACGCGGUGCCUGGAGUCGAUCGUGCGACGCUUUGGAGGCUUCAUUCGGGACACUCUUGCGGCCCCGGUUGCCGCGGGGAGGGUGGACUUAGCCAGGGAGGACAGGAUAGCUCGCUGCCGUGAGGCGCACAGGGCCUUCAUUCGGGGCUAUCAUCACCUCGAGAGAUCCGAAGGGGAGUUCUACGAGGACAGGAGGAUAGCGGCCGUGGCGGAACGACUGCGACCCUUGUUCGAGAGCUACUUCAUGUCGUGACAUGCAGCUCGAGCCGUCAUGCGGUGAAUUGCUAUCGCAGACGUCGCUUUCUCUCUCUUGGACACUUAAUGAGAACGCAGAUCCAGGACCUUUGGAGUGGUUCCGGGGGUGCGGAGGGGAGCCGCAACAUCGUGCACGGCAAAUCGUUGAACUUGAUCAGCAACGAAAAGGUCUCUUAGUAACGUUGGCAAGUCAAUGUGUUGGGUUCUAAUCCCUGGUGUGACACGUCUGGUUACAGCAAGCGCUUGUGUGUGUAUGAAAAAGGGGAACGACAGCAGUUCAGCCUCUUUAGUGAUAAAACUUGAAGGCGAACACCGCAGACAAGUUCUUACGUGGCUCCGGCUGGUACAACCAAAACACAUACGACUGUGUAGCCCAGGGCAUCCAGAAUGGAUGUUUUUUUUCAGUCAACAAUCCGCGCUUUUUAAGCAGCUCUGGUUUCCCAGAGUAGCUGGCCUGAGGGUUUGGAGUCUGCCGGUAUUUCUUAAGGGCGCUCGCCAAGCACCGGGACAGCGGUUCAACAAUGCUGAGCCUUGUGUCGUCGCAUAUGCGAAGAGCGCUGCAUGAGUAGCUGGGUUCAGGGCCACACAGAGAAAAAUCGUUCGGCGAUACAUGCCUAAACGUUCAGCACGAAAGAA